GCCUGGCUCAUUUCCUCCUGCGCCGCCAUUUUGUGUCGGAGGCAUCUUGAGAGAAAGAAGGCAGAGGAGGGAAAAGGAAAGCCAUUCAGGAGAGUGGGAACACGGAGAAACAAGAAGACAGCUUGCCGCAUAGCCAGGGCGACCUUCACAGACCCGGCCAGGGCAAACCCCGCUUUAUCCCCAGUGCAGCCCGGAGCGGGCGUUUUGAGCGCCAGGAGCCGCCCGUGUGCUGCUCCCGAUAGAGUUCUAAAACAUGUUACAAAGAGUUAAAAAGAUGGAAAAUGAACAGCCAUUUAGGAAGAGGAGGCCUGAUGAAAUCCCUCCUCAGCACAAGACAGAAAAUGUCACAAUGACAAAUGAGGAACCUCUUCCGAAGAAGGUCCGGCUCAGUGAUGCAGAAUUUAAAGUUUUAACCAGGGAUGAACUUUUUUUGAGGUGGAAGCAGUAUGAAGCUUAUGUGCAAGCUUUGGAGAACAAGUACAGUGACCUGAAUUCCAAUGAUGUGACUGGACUGCGAGAGUCUGAGGAAAAGCUGAAACAGCAGCAGCAAGAGUCUGCUCGAAGGGAGAACAUAUUAGUAAUGAGAUUGGCUACAAAGGAGCAAGAAAUGCAGGAGUGCACGAACCAGAUUCAGCACCUCAAGCAAGUACAGCAGCCAAGCGUUGCCCAGCUGAGAACGACUAUGGUUGACCCAGCUAUCAACUUGUUUUUCCUCAAAAUGAAAAGCGAACUGGAACAGACUAAAGACAAACUGGAACAAGCCCAAAAUGAACUGAGUGCCUGGAAAUUUACGCCUGAUAGCCAAACAGGCAAAAAGUUAAUGGCGAAGUGUCGAAUGCUUAUCCAGGAGAAUCAGGAACUGGGGAGGCAGCUAUCCCAAGGUCGCAUUGCACAGCUUGAGGCAGAGUUGGCCUUACAGAAGAAAUACAGUGAGGAGCUCAAAAGCAGUCAGGAUGAACUAAAUGACUUUAUUAUUCAGCUUGAUGAGGAAGUGGAAGGUAUGCAGAGCACUAUUUUAGUACUGCAACAGCAGCUGAAGGAGUGCCGGCAGCAGUUAUCACAGUUUCAGCAGCAACAGUCCCAAAGCACAGGUAAUAGGCCUUCAUCAGAUCCCAAGGAAGAGGGAGAGACUGCUGGCAAAGAUUGCAACCGCUUGCCAAAUGGACCAAGUAAUGGUGGGUCUUCCCAUCAAAGAACUCACACCUCUGGAGGGAUUUAUAGGGAGGGCAGCUGCACCGAAGAAGACUUUGCCACAUCUCCUGUGAAUGAGGGCAAGCUCUCAAAUCAUUCAGAUGAGAGAACUGGUAGGAGCGGGAGCAGCUACCUGAAUCAGCUUAGUAUUGGGUAUGAAAGUGUAGACUCUCCCACUGGCAGUGAGAACUCUCUCACUCACAAUUCAAAUGAUACAGACUCGAACCAUGACUCUCAGGAAGAGAAACCAGUCAGUGGAAAAGGAAAAAGAACUGUGAGCUCACGUCGCAUUCAAAAUGGUUUGGACUCCAGUGUAAAUGUACAGGGUUCUAUUUUGUAAAAAAAUAAUCCCUAAAUUUUGAAGAAUUUUUCUUUACGUUUUUUUUUUAUACACCGUUUAAUUUCAGAGCAUACUGUCCAGAAAUAGUGCAUAUUUUGUCACAAAUUUCACCUUUCUGAGGGUUUUUGUUCUUGUCGCUUAAUGUAAUACCUCUGCCAAUUUGGACAUUUUAAAAGUUAAUUUGAAAUUUAAAUUGACGUUUGUUUAGACUUCAGUUAUUUUUAUGUAAGUUAAUGAAAGACAAAACUUCUAAAACUCUUAAUAUUAAUGAUGUCUGUACAACUGUUAAUAUAUAAAACUUUUUGCUGUGUAAGGGCAUUCUUACCCUCUUUUUCAUCAUCCUUUGACCUAAUCAACAACGUGUCAUGGUAUUGUGAAGGUUUGGCUGCCAAAGUUUACCCAGUAAUGUAGUUUUAUCUCAAAAUGUUGGACUUUUAGAAAAGUCCCUUGGUAGUUUCAGUGUUAAUUGCAGUUUCCCCCUCUUGGACAACACAUCUGUACAUACUUCUUAUUUUUUCUUCAAUAGAUGGCUGAAUGUUUGAGACUUGUGCAAAUAGUUACUCAGUUUUGAAAACUGCUGUAUCUUGUUUAAUGCAUAUGACUCUGUGACUCCAAUAUUACCUUGCCUGUACUGACCAAACAAAAUAAAGAUUUUUAAUAAUGUCACUUCAAAA